AGUACCUUCCGGCCACAGCGGGCGCCAGUAGUCCACUGCGACGCUGCGACGGACCCUUGGCCAAGGGGCGAAGACCCUGGCAGGAUGGCCAAAGCGGCCAAGAAUGAAAAGAAGCGAGAAAAGGAGACGCUCUCGAAGGGCUGGGCCUCCGAAGCGGAGCUCCAGCGUGUCUCCACCAGCAUCGAGGAGUUUGCUCAGAACUUUCCACCGAAGUUCCGGAAUCCCACGAGGAGUGCCGCUCCUUACUUGGCUGCGGCAUGGAUCCACUUCUUGAUGGCGUUGCCUUACCUGGUGCAGGCCAUGAAGAAACUUCAGGCUGGCGUUAGCAUGAUCCCAGAGAAGAUCUUCUGGGCCAUCCUUGGUUUCCUGGUGUGUUUCUUCGGCGGCAUUUUCCCGGCCACCAUCGCCGCCGCCGAGGCAUGGAACCUAUGUGGUGGUCCAGAGGUGUGGGAUCAAAGCAAGAUCCUCUUGCAUGAAUUCAUGAAGGUCGUGGAUGCCACCAAAGAAGACGAGAAGGAGGAAGACAAAGACUCGAAAGCCGUAUCUCUGACGCCGCAGCAAGUCAUCCAAAAGAAGAUGAGCAUCGCUUUAAGCGUCAUGGACCCCGAGAAGGUUAGCAAUUCCCUGUCCUGUAUCUACAUUUGUUGGAUCGGCGUGGUGGGCGUUUUACGCUUGCAAUUUGCUCGGACCAUCACCCUCGGGGAGGUGAUCGGAGCCAAAGUUUAUGAGCCGGUCCGGAAGCUGGAGCCGGCGAUUGAGUCGGUGAUCCCGGAGGAUUAUCAAAAGUGGGUGCCUGUGGUGACGCGUUGGACCUGCAAAGCCCUGGCCAUCUCUCUGGCUUGGUGGAUCCAGCGGAUCAUCUCGGCGGUGCACAGCGCGAUCCGCGGCGGCAUGAUCUUUGGAGCCUACUUGGUCGACUUCUUACGAGAGAAGGGAUUCUUGGUGGUCGAUCAUCGAGAGACUUACAUCGAUGAGGCCAUUGGCUGGUCCAUUGCCGUCUUGGGAUUCCUGAUGCAACUCGCUAUGGGGUUCCAAUUGCCCUUCCUCUUCAACCUCGUUCUGUGGCCCAUCCAACUGGUCGAGGCCUUCAUCGUUUGGACAGUGAGCGCAUGAGUUUUGAAAUUCCUCAGCCUGCGGCCUGCUCCAUGUGGUAUCUGGCUGGUUUCACGUGCUUUGCUGAGUGAACUGUUUCUCACUGAGUGGUG